AUGGCUGCCAUUCCUAACACCCAGCAAGGGAUGGCUGCCGUUCCUAACACCCAGCAGGGGAUGGCUGCCGUUCCUAACACCCAGCAAGGGAUGGCUGCCGUUCCUAACACCCAGCAAGGGAUGGCUGCCGUUCCUAACACCCAGCAAGGGAUGGCUGCCGUUCCUAACACCCAGCAGGGGAUGGCUGCCAUUCCUAACACCCAGCAGGGGAUGGCCGCCGUUCCUAACACCCAGCAAGGGAUGGCUGCCGUUUGUAUCACCCAGCAGAGGAUGGCUGCCGUUUGUAUCACACAGCAGGGGAUGGCUGCCAUUCGAUUCAACCAGCAGGGGAUGGCUGCCGUUCGUACCACCCAGCAUGGGAUGGCUGCCGUUCGUAUCACCCAGCAGGGGAUGGCUGCCGUUCGUAUCACCCAGCAGGGGAUGGCUGCCAUUCAUAUCACCCAGCAGGGGAUGGCUGCCAUUCCUAACACCCAGCAGGGGAUGGCUGCCGUUUGUAUCACCCAGCAGAGGAUGGCUGCUGUUUGUAUCACACAGCAGGGGAUGGCUGCCAUUCGAUUCAACCAGCAGGGGAUGGCUGCCGUUCGUACCACCCAGCAUGGGAUGGCUGCCGUUCGUAUCACCCAGCAGGGGAUGGCUGCCAUUCGUAUCACCCAUCAGGUGAGGGCUGCCAUUCAUAUCACCCAGCAGGGGAUGGCUGCCAUUCGUAUCACCCAGCAGGUGAGGGCUGCCGUUCAUAUCACCCAGCAGGUGAGGGCUGCCGUUCAUAUCACCCAGCAGGUGAGGGCUGCCGUUCGUAUCACCCAGCAGGUGAGGGCUGCUUUUCAUAUCACCCAGCAGGUGAGGGCUGCCGUUCGUAUCACUCAGCAGGGGAUGGCUGCCAUUCGUAUCACCCAGCAGGGGAUGGCUGUCAUUCGUAUCACCCAGCAGGUGAGGGCUGCCGUUCAUAUCACCCAGCAGGGGAGGGCUGCCUUUCAUAUCACCCAGCAGGUGAGGGCUGCCGUUCAUAUCACCCAGCAGGUGAGGGCUGCCGUUCAUAUCACCCAGCAGGUGAGGGCUGCUUUUCAUAUCACCCAGCAGGUGAGGGCUGCCGUUCGUAUCACGCAGCAGGGGAUGGCUGCCAUUCGUAUCACCCAGCAGGGGAUGGCUGUCAUUCGUAUCACCCAGCAGGUGAGGGCUGCCGUUCAUAUCACCCAGCAGGGGAGGGCUGCCUUUCAUAUCACCCAGCAGGUGAGGGCUGCCGUUCAUAUCACCCAGCAGGUGAGGGCUGCCGUUCAUAUCACGCAGCAGGGGAGGGCUGCCUUUCAUAUCACCCAGCAGGUGAGGGCUGCCGUUCAUAUCACCCAGCAGGCGAGGGCUGACGUUCGUAUCACCCAGCAGGCGAGGGCUGACGUUCGUAUCACCCAGCAGGUGAGGGCUGCCGUUCAUAUCACCCAGCAGGUGAUGCUACCAGACUGUAUCCACACACAGCUUUCAGCUGUUGGACUUUCUGGUGGGUUUCUUCUCUAA